AUGGGGUUGUCUAGUGUGGGUGUGGUGCUAACAGACCACUAUGGCGACAUGGUGAAGUUAGGGGCUCAACAAAUUAGGAAGGGGACUAAUAAUGAAGCAGAAGCGUUUGCAGCUUUGCUUGCAAUCCGAUGUGCUCGGAGCCAUGGAGUUAGAAAAUUACAUUUGGAGGGUGAUUCGUUGAUCAUAAUCCAAGCUAUCAAAAAUGGAGAAAUUAAGGCUUGGCAUUUGCAGAACUACUUAUCCUUAAUAUUAGAGGAAUUGAAUUCAUUCGAAGAUGUUGUGGUCAGUCAUGUUAGGAGGGAGGGUAAUAAGGUGGUUGAUAAAUUAUCUAAGUGGGCAUUGUCUUUUAAUCAAGUGGAAGAAAUAAGAUUUGAAGAUUUUGAUGGUGAGUUAUCAUUAGAUGAAACAUGA